GCGCGUGGGCCCAACGUUGCAUCGGCUUCCGUACAUACAGAUCGCAGUAUCUUUGUCUACGACCAGUGUGAGAAUCCCUUAUCACCGAAGUGCUGCGUCCCAAGUAACUGCAAGCUACCCACUGUUCUUUCCCCAGACUCCUUUCUCAGAUCUCAAUAUUAAUAUCAAAAUUCGAGCAACAAGUCAUGUCUACAGCAGGCUACACGCCUCUCCCUCAGAACCCCCAAGACGACGACCGCGAUGACAUCGAACAUUCAGUUCUCCUUGCAGACCAGGAAACACAUGCUGGCGUCAUGAAAGUCGAGGCCGCACAACGCGUAUAUGGGCGUUACUCUCGUUGGUGUCUCUUCAUUGGCCUUGGACUUGCGUCAUAUAUAUACUCCCUUGAUGCAUCCACAACUUAUGCAUACCUUACAUUCGCUACUUCAUAUUUUGGCGAGCACGCCUUUCUCAGCUCGAUCGCCGUCGCACAGUCACUUAUUAUCGCUGUUGGGAAACCUGUAAUCGCUAAAGUCGCGGACGUCUCGUCACGAGGCACCGCUUACGUUAGUGUCUUGAUCUUUUACGUUCUCGGCUAUACCGUAAUAGCUUCUGCCCCUAAUGUCGGUUUUAUUGCUGGGGGGAUUGUACUAUAUGCUGUUGGAUAUACUGGAUUGCAACUACUCACACAGAUUAUCAUUGCUGACAUCACCACCCUUGCGUGGCGUGGGCUUGUCGUCUCCCUCGUCUCUACACCAUUCCUGAUCAAUGCAUUUAUUGGCUCAAACAUAUCCACCGCAGUCCUCAACACUAUCGGUUGGAGAUGGGGCUAUGCCAUGUUUGCUGUCCUUGUCCCUGUUUCCCUUGCACCCCUCAUUUUCACUCUUCUGUGGGCGGAACGCAAGGCCAAAAGGAUCGCUCUCCUCGACUCCAACAAAUCACGUAGUCGCGAGAACUCAACACAGCGAAGCCUCUCAGAUAAAUCUGUAUCCGCCAUGGCUGUCUUCCUUCGGUCCGCUGAACAGCUUGACCUAGUCGGACUCGUCCUUCUCGGAGCCGCAGUUUCACUAACCUUACUUCCAUUGACAAUUAGUCAGGCAGUGUCGGGAUCCUGGAAGAAUGGUUCGAUCAUCGCAAUGCUUUUCAUGGGACUUGUGUUUCUUGUCUUGUUCGCAGUCUGGGAUCUACGUUACGCCAGUAUGCCCGUGAUCGCUCCCCGGUUUGUCAAGAAUAGAAGUGUCGUAUGUGCGGCAUUCAUAGGCUUUUUUGACUUCAUGUCGUUCUUCCUUACGUACGCGUAUCUGUUUUCGUUUGUCCUAGUGGUGAAACCUUGGUCACUCGUGAAUGCGACGUACUUCAUUCAGGUGCAAUCCGUUGCACUGACAUUAUUUGGCAUUCUCGCGGGUCUCAGCAUGCGUUUCCUCCAUCGUUACAAGUACGUACUCGUCGUCGGACUCGUAAUCCGUCUAGCGGGUGUUGCAAUGAUGAUCCACUCGCGUGGUGCCAACGCCUCAAAUGCUGAACUCGUGUGGACCCAGAUCCUUCAAGGUUUCGGCGGAGGUUUUGCCGCUGUCUCUUCCCAAGUAGGAGCACAAGCAUCCGUACCUCACACAGACGUGGCGAUCAUCACGGCGAUCGUGCUCCUAGUGACUGAAAUCGGGGGCGCAGUUGGGAACGCAUGCGCCGGCGCGAUUUGGUCGAACACGAUGCCAGGUAACCUAGAGAAGUAUCUGCCAUCGUUGACCAACGAGGAGCGUGCAGAGCUGUUUGGGAGCAUAAGGUCAGCAGCUUCCUAUCCGCUCGGCCACCCCAUACGAGAGGGCGUCAUCAACGCGUACGACGACACGAUGAAGAUCAUGGUAACCACAGCAACCAUACUGAGCGUGAUACCUAUCUUGCUUGCCCUCGCGAUGCCGAACUGGUACUUGGGGGACAAGCAGAACGCGAUCGAUGCUGCUGAUCUCACCGGAAGGUCGGAGCUCGAAGACGACCUUGAGGAUGAGGAAGAGCUGUAGUUUUAUUCUUGAUGGGCGAGACCUACUUUUUAUCAUGCGCAAGUGGUUGCCGCUGUGCGGCUCGCCUUGUGAGAGGAACACAACAUUCUAUUCGAGUUUGCUCCUGCUCACGUUUAACCAUCCUUUCUGCUUCGAUCAUGACAUCGUAAAGAGUUGUAGUGUUAGAGAGAGAAUGGUGUUUAUGCUAGGAAUGUUGUCUUUAAAUAGCUAGAAAUGCGAGUUUUGUGGGUUUCUGUGGAUCA